AAGCACAAGACCCAAAUAAAAAGUUGAUUUUUGUCAUUAUACGACGGAGAAAGUGGAUAAAGUCUCUUCCUUUUUAUCCAACCACCGUCGAUUAACCCUCGCCGGAGACAAACCCAUCUCCUCUCUCUUCCGGUUAAAUCAAAGAGAGUUAGUUGUGGACAGAGAAGGUUGGUUCGGUUCCUCCCAUUCUCUCUCUCUCUCUCUCCUCGCCCAAGUAUGGUGAGAGUUAGUAAUUAGCAGUAAUGGUAAAGAGCAACAGACUUUCUCUCUCUUCAUCUGUCCACAAAACCCCAUUAAAACCCCAUCAGUUACACAAUUUCUAAAGAGAGAGAAAGAGAGAGUUUGGGAAUCUGUAAUGAAUGUGCAGAAAAGAGUUAGGAGAGAAAGCACUAAUGGCGGGCUUGAUGUGAUAAGCUUAGAGAUAUAGAUUAUCUCUAUAGGGUGGCUCUGUAGAGUCUAAAAAGAGACAUCUUUUACGGCUUAAUUCAAUUAUUUAUUGCCUUAAAAAAUCAAAAACUCUUUUCACCUCCCGUAAUCAUCGCCUCUGCAUCUUUCUUCCAGAUUCUCUUCCGUUUCUUUUUUUUCUUCUUCUUUUAAUCUCUUUUUUUCUUUGGUGGGUUUAGAAAAGUUCGAAACUUUUUAUUUGUUUGUUCUAUCUUCUCUACUGGGUCUGCGUUAAUGGCGACAGUGGCGUAAAUGGACCAUUAACAACACUUUGUGGUUGGGUGAAAAUAGAGAGAGAUAAAUAAAAGAAAAGUUUUUUUAAGUAUUGUACUGUUGUCUUCUUUGUCUCGACGUUUGUAAUAAAAAGAUGAGUUUCGUCGGCGGCGUCGGUGGAAGUGGAAGCGGCGGAGGAGACGGUGGUGGUGGUAGUGGUAGCCAACAUCACGACGGGUCUGAAACUGAUAAGAAGAAGAAACGUUACCAUCGUCACACCGCUCAACAGAUUCAACGCCUUGAAUCGAGUUUCAAGGAGUGUCCUCAUCCAGAUGAUAAGCAGAGGAACCAACUCAGCAGAGAAUUGGGUUUGGCUCCACGACAAAUCAAGUUCUGGUUCCAGAACAGAAGAACUCAGCUCAAGGCGCAACAUGAGAGAGCAGAUAACAAUGCACUAAAGGCAGAAAAUGACAAGAUUCGAUGCGAGAACAUAGCCAUCAGAGAAGCUAUCAAGCAUGCCAUAUGCCCAAACUGUGGAAGUCCUCCCGUUAAUGAAGAUCCUUACUUUGAUGAACACAAGCUUCGGAUCGAAAAUGCACAUCUUAGAGACGACCUUGAAAGAAUGUCAACGGUUGCAUCAAAGUACAUGGGAAGACCAAUCUCCUCCCACCUCUCAACGCUGCAUCCACUCCACAUCUCACCAUUAGAUCUGUCCAUGACUGGUCCUUCGCUGGAUUUUGAUCUUCUUCCGGGAAGCUCUAUGCAUUCUCAGCCUAAUAACUUGGCUACUAUAUCAGACAUGGACAAGCCUCUCAUGAACGACAUUGCUUUGACUGCGAUGGAAGAGCUGCUUAGGCUUUUCAACACAAACGAACCUCUCUGGACUAGAGGAGAUGGCGGGAGAGAGAUUCUUGAUCUUGGAAGCUAUGAGAAUCUUUUUCCAAGAUCAGGUAACCGAGGGAAGAACCAUAACGUUAGAACCGAGGCGUCUAGGUCUUCUGGUAUUGUUUUCAUGAAUGCUAUGACGCUUGUCGACAUGUUCAUGGAUGGUGUCAAGUGGGGAGAGCUCUUUCCUUGUAUAGUUGCAUCAUCUAAAACACUUGCAGUGGUGUCUUCAGGAAUGGGAGGUACCCAUGAGGGUGCAUUGCAUUUGAUGUAUGAAGAAAUGGCAGUGCUUUCUCCAUCAGUAGCAACACGCGAGUUCUGUGAGCUACGCUACUGUCAGAUGAUUGAACAAGGAAGCUGGAUUGUUGUAAAUGUCUCAUAUCAUCUUCCUCAGUUUGUGUCUCAGUCUUCUCACUCCUAUAAGUUUCCUUCUGGAUGCUUGAUUCAGGACAUGCCUAAUGGAUACUCCAAGGUUACUUGGGUUGAACAUGUUGAAACUGAAGAAAAAGAACAGACUCAUGAGCUCUACAGAGAAGUGAUUCACAAAGGGAUUGCUUUUGGAGCUGAAAGAUGGGUUACCACUUUACAGAGAAUGUGUGAAAGAUUUGCUUCUCUGUUGGCACCAGCAACUUCAUCCCGUGAUCUCGGUGGAGUGAUUCCAUCGCCGGAAGGGAAGAGAAGCAUGAUGAGACUUGCUCAUAGAAUGGUUAGCAACUACUGUAUAAGUGUCAGCAGAUCUAACAACACUCACUCAGCAGUUGUUGCUGAACUAAACGAAGUUGGUGUCCGUGUGACUGCACAUAAGAGCCCUGAACCAAACGGCACUAUCUUAUGCGCAGCUACCACCUUCUGGCUCCCAAACUCUCCUCAAAGCGUCUUUAAUUUCCUGAAAGACGAAAGAACACGUCCUCAGUGGGAUGUUCUUUCAAAUAGAAACGCAGUGCAAGAAGUUGCUCACAUUGCAAACGUAUCACAUCCUGGUUGCUGCAUAUCGGUUCUACGUGCAUCAAAUGCAUCACAGUCACAGAGUAACAACAUGUUGAUUCUACAAGAAACAUCAAUAGACUCAUCAGGAGCACUAGUGGUGUACAGUCCAGUGGAUUUACCAGCAUUGAACAUCGCAAUGAGCGGUGAUGAUACUUCUUACAUUCCCCUCUUGUCCUCAGGCUUCGCAAUCUCACCAGACGGAAACCACAGUAGCUCAACCACUGAGCAAGGAGGAGGAGCCUCAACGUCAAGCGGUUUUGGUGGAGGAGGGUCGUUGAUAACAGUUGGGUUUCAGAUAAUGGUUAGCAACUUACCGUCGGCAAAACUAAACAUGGAGUCGGUGGAGACGGUUAAUAACCUGAUUGGAACCACUGUGCAUCAAAUUAAAACCGGUUUGAACAACUGUCCUAGUGGUUCAACUACAGCUUGAUAGUAUCAUUAAAGGCUCUUUGUGCUUUCUUCUGGGUGUGUCUCUUUCUCUUCAAUGAUGGAACAGAGGAGAUAAUUAAAGUCUUUCUUCUUUGUCUUCAAUGCCAGAGAGAGAGAGAAGAAAGAACAUUAACUCCGAUUGUUCUGCUCUGCUUAUGUUGGUGCUGUUCUUGGACAAACCUCAUUAAACAACCAGCUGGAUCCUUCUCUCUUUAUCAUUGUUUUUUUUUAAAUUCUUUUAAUGGAUUUUAGGUGUUUUUAUUUAUUUAUCGUUUUGGUUAGAAACUGGAAGUCAAGAACGCACCAUGCAACUGUGACUUUCUUUGUAUGGUUCGGGCAUUGACUUCUAUUGCAAAGUUAUUUUGUUUU